GGGCGGCCAGGAUGGAUCUACUUUUACUGCUGCUCGUACUUCUGCUGCGGCGAGAGGCCGGCGCCCUGAAGCUACUCGACGUGAGCGUCCCGCCGUACACCCUCCGGGGUGAAAACGCCCUCCUGGUGUGCAGAUACGACCUGGGGUCCGAUAAGCUGUACGCCGUGUCCUGGUACAAGGACAACGAGGAGUUCUACCGAUACGUGCCGAAGGGGGCGCCCAAUCAGCACAGCUAUCGCGUGGAAGGCGUCAAAGUCGACCACCACUCAUCGAACGAACAGAAGGUGCUCCUACAGAACGUGGGCCUGACGACGUCGGGCCGGUACAAGUGCGAAGUCAGCGCGGAGGCGCCAAACUUCACGUUGGUCCAGGGCGAGGCACCGAUGGAAGUCGUGUCGUUGCCCCGAGAGGACCCCGUCAUCACGGGGGAGGAGGAGAUCUACUCGACAGGUGACAUCCUCGCCCUGAACUGCACGACCGCGAAGUCGCACCCGCCGGCAAGAAUCGCCUGGUACGUCAAUGGGGUGCAGCUGCGAGCAGACUCGGAGACGACGAUCGGUCAGCACGGGCUGGUCUCGUCGGUGUCGAGCCUCAGGCUCGAGGUAGGCCCUCGACACCUGUCCAGUGGGCGAAUCAGCGUCAGAUGCGAGGCGACGAUACAGCUCAUCCACCAGGAGGCCGAGGCGCUGAUGGACCUGCGCGACACCCAGGUCUUCGGGACCCAGGAUACUCAUCAUCAGGAACCUAAGGUACAUCGUCAGGAGCCUGGGACACCCAUCAACAGGAGCUUGAAGUACAUCAUCAAGAUUCUAUGGUACCCAUCAUCAGGGACCCAGGAUACUCAUCAUCAGGAACCUAAGGUACAUCAUCAGGAGCCUGGGACACCCAUCAAUAGGAGCCUAAAGUACAUCACCAGGAUUCUAUGA